GUUGUCGUAUCUUAUCAGGGAAAAAGAUGUAGAUGAUUAUCGGAAGCUUCUCAACCAGUGCUUCAUUGUCGUCUCCGAUAACGCGCCUCCUCUUCGCAGCUAUGAUCCUCAUUGCCGCUGGCCCCACCUUGAGGUAUCUGUUUUAUUUCGAUGAUCAUGUCAACAAAAGUAAGUAUUUCUCGAAAUAAUUUUUUUGAAAAAUAUUUUGGCGGGAAACUGUUCAUCUUGUCUACCUUUUUUUUUUUUGCCCUUUUCUGUUUUUGUCGGACUUUAAAAAGAUACCCUUAUGUUUCUAUUUGUUUGUCUGGUUUUGACUUGACAGGGGACUUAAGAAAGUAAAAAAAUAUUCUUGAAUCUUGUGCUCGUAAAUUAGAGAUAUGUAGAAUGUACCAGAUAAAAAUGCCGUUUAAUCUUGUGGUUUUAAAUAUGUCAUGUGAAAAGCUGGAAUUAAAGAGUUGCCCAAAAUAGGAAGGAGAUAUUCUUUUUGAAACGGACUGAAAUGGAAAGCAAGACAAACAAAUUGAUAAUGAAGGGAGUAUAAUUUUGAGAGGUUGCUUGUUGAUUUUGACUGUUGUGCUGAAAUGUUGAUGCCAAUCUACUGCAGUUGAGAGAAAACUCUAAGCGUAUGAAUUUUGUAAAUUGUUUCGAAAUGGAAUUUUACGAACCAUAUUAGAAUAUACUAUGAGAUGAAAGUCUUUAAUUUGAAUAUAUUUCAGCAAAAUUCUUUCAGAAAUUAAUUGAAGAGCGAUACAGUUGACACUUGAAUAGCAAAAUAUGGUCUUUUUUUUUGGCUGAAAUGCGGAUUUAAUCUAAAAUCUGCUGGUUAUUUAGCUGAUUGAAUUAGGCUGUCAAUCGAUCUCAAUAGUUUUUUUGUUAAUAACAUUUAGAAUUGACAAACUUGGCAGAAACCUGAGAGUAUAAAAGGGUAUUUCAUGUGUUUGGUCUAGGAAAUAGCUGAAGUAGUUCAAUUUUUUACCCUCUAUAGUGACAAUAAUCCAAUAGAAGCAACAGUUUUACGAGAGAAGAUUCAUGUGUAUUCCGUUUCAUGCCUUAAGAUCAACUUAUUCCUAUCAUUUCAUCCUUGUUGCCUGGGCUAACUAUACUCAUGUUUUUUCCUGUAUAUCACGGAAAAAAGGUGUUCCUGUAUUUAACAGCCCAAGAAGCCUCGUGUCAGAUUAUUACUACUAUCAUAAUCGUUUGGUACAUCGAAGACAAAUCUUUUCUCUGAUUACCGUGUGAAAUGGAUUCUGGAAGUGUAACUGGUUCAAAUGUUUGAUGGUACACAAUUUGUUAAGUUUAGCUUGGCAAAGGGAAGAACAUGGACCGUAGAAUGACAGCCCUAGGAAAAAGAGCCAGUUUGAAAGGCUAAAUAUCAAUGUACUUUGGAGCAGUUUCAAAUAGUUUAAUGCUGAAAUUUGGGGGUGAUCGUGAUGUUUUUGGAUGUAUUUCUUUUUUGAAAUGGGUUUAUGAGUAUUUGAUUGUUAGUUCUUUUCCCUUUUUUUUGGUUUUUCAUUCAUUCACUAGUCCUCUUUUUUCUUCUUCUUUAUGUAAAUACAUUCUGUAAAUAGAGAACUUUCAUGUUUCUUGGGGUUUUCUUUUUGAUAAGUACCAUCAUACACUUGGCCUGUACCUAUUAGAAUUCAUCUGACAGCCUGAUGUAUUGGUCAUUCACCUGAUGAAUAUAUGUUACCCAUAAUUAUAAGUUUGAGAGCCUAUUGAUCCAUUUGGCUCUGGGGACAACAUCAAAAUACACCUUACAGUAGGUGUUAGUGUGAGCAUGGCUCUACAUUGGAUGUACUCUGUGCUGCCUAGAAUGGGGAUGAGGUUGCUGAAGAUGUUGUGCCUCCAGAGUGCGAUUAUUAACUCCUUCAAGUAAGCCCCACACAAGUUACAAAAUAUAGUCAUGACUUAAAAGGAUAACUAGGAUAUCCUUUUAGUUUAGCAGAAUGGUGGCUGAAAUGUUAUCUUUGUUGAUUGUAGUCUCAGGACUAGAUAACUACAUAAACUUGCAAAGCACUGCCUAGAAUAGGUCCAGGAAAGGCUUUGAAUGUUGAAUUAAGCAGCAAUUUUUCGACCAUGACAAGUUUCGAUGCUCCUGGUUUGCUAAAUGAGAAGGUAUCUAAGGAGGGAAGCUCUAGAGACAUUUCAAAUGUUGUACUAAUUGUCCAAAUUCAUGAAACACAACUAACAGUGAUUAAUUAUUUUAAGUGGCUAGGUUUUCAUAACAAGUUUGUAUGUGUUCACAUCCUAAGAGAUGGAUUCAAUAUAAGGCUUCAAACCCUGAAAUGUGCUGCUUGUCUAGAAGAACAAGCUAUAUGGAUGUAAAACAGUAGUCACUGGAGUAAUUAAAAUUUUCCGUGUUUGUAUACAUUUGUUUCAUAAUGGGUAAACUUGUUUCUAUUUCUUUUAAAAAGUUCUUGCAUUUGACUUAUAAUCAGUACAUGCCUGGGGCUAUACUCGUUCAGUAUGUAGGCAACAUUAUGUCAUAAUGUGUAUAUACAGCCUUAAAGUUACUCUAAAAUGAAAAGCACUAUAAAAUUUCUUAAUUUCUAGAUUUAUAUAUCUUCAAAUAUGGUUCCUAUAUAUGCAGGAAUUAAUGUGGGAAUGAGUAUGAUGGUGCAAGGGUGCGGAAUAUGCUUUGUUGGGAAUUCGUAUUGUGUUUUGAUUGAACGUGCUAUCUGUUUGAUAUAUGUGCUAUCAGUUUGAUUAAUGCUUGGAUUAGCUCAUCUCAAAGUAAGGGCUAGGAACAAUUCAUCCAAUAUGACAUUCAUUUGAAGAUGAUUAGCUUGUUAAAAGGACAAUUGAAAUGACAAUAAGUGAGCAAUGCAGCAGUUCUAACAUUAUAAGUUUUGGUUAUGAUAAGAUGAGCCGCUUUAGUGACACUGUAAAGCUUCUGACAUCACCAUCAUGGAGCCUUCUCCUUAAAAGGAUUGGGGAUGUUCUCAUGGUUUAUUUACUAAAGAACACCUCAAUAUUUUUGCGGCUUCCUCGAAACAAACACCAUCAGGUGGCAGGAGUUCCCAUCAGUGACUUGUGCCUAAAAUCUCACCUGCACAUAUCUGCCACUACCUAUAAGCCUUCAUUACUUCAUCCUGAAUCUAGGAAAAAGAGGAGGGUAGACGAAGUUUACUCAUCAACGAGGAAAAAGACGUGCAUUAGGAAAAAAUGUAUGAUGGAGAAGUUAUCUACAGAAACUACAGUAUCUGCUGAAGCUAAUUCCACUUGUUGUGAAGUGCUUCCAUCUAGGAAAGGACAAUGUUACUCAAAUACACCGACUCCAUCGUAUGGGAAGCGUAAAAGACAGUAUAAAUGGCAGCGUCAAAGGAAGCUUAGGCAGUUGAAGGCUCAAGGAACACAUUCCUUAAUCUCGUGUAUGAGUUUCAACACUAAGGUCAACUGGUCGGGAGACCUGAAGUGUGAUGUAAGCUCAAAUUCAAGAUCUCCUCUUGAAAAGACAAAUGUGUGUUGCUCUUGUUGUUUGGUCUUUCAAAUCCUUCCAGAGGUCAAAAAGGAAACUCAAAUCAACAGGCAAACCAUGUUCUACAAGUUGGAAAGUUGUUCGUCAGUAUUCCCACCCAAGCACAUCCUGAAUUAUUUGAAGCCAAACUCUUCUGGAGCAACUAGACUCUUCAAGGAAAUUUUUGGAUCUCUUGGCGUUUAUGUCACUACUCAGGAAGCUCCUUGCGUGCACAGCAGCAACUGUAAUCUCAUCACAUCCUCUUGUCUAUACCAUUCAAUUAUUAAGUUGCUGAAAUCUCUCAUCCGCAAAGCUCACCAGUGCCAACACUUAAGGCUGUUGAAAAAACACUGUUCUACUCCAUCAUUGGAUCAAGGUACCAAAAGCAUUGCUGCAACUAUCUUGGAGGGAAACAAAUCUGAAGCAAGUUUACUUGCAAAUGAUAGUCCGGAAUCUCUGUUGCAGCCAACCAAUUAUUAUUGUAUGAAGGAGCAAGUUGUAUCAUUUGCUUGGGCUGUUUGUCGAAGUAUAGUGCCCAUAGAUUUGCUGGGGACUACUUCUAAUUGGAGAGUUCUAACGAAUAAUAUAUACAAGUUUGUUAAGCUACGAAGGUUUGAGAAAUUCACGUCCAAGCAGUGCAUGAGGAAAGUUAAACUAUCUAGUUAUCCUCUACUAUCAGAUGAAUACUCCUUUUUAUUGAAACAUGAACUACUAGAACGCUGGAUAUUUUGGUUAUUUUCUUCUUUUGUUUUGCCUCUGGUUCAAGCCAACUUUUACGUAACUGAAGCUGAGCAUGAGAAACAAGAUAUAUUUUACUAUCGCAAGCCUACUUGGGAGAAUAUUAUUUCCAAAGCUGUGACCUGCUUAAGAGAUCAAGGUUAUGAAGAAUUAACUGCUGCAUCUGUCAGGAAAAUAAUAAGGACUAGGUCAUUUGGCUUCUCAAAAGUACGUCUACUUCCAAAAAAAAGGGGAGUAAGAAUGCUGGCAAAUCUUAAAGCAUCACUAAAGUUGCCUGUGAAUCAUCCUCUGCAACCCAGAGGUCACAGAAAAGUAGGCGCUGGUAGAAAUGUCAAGUAUCACAAUUACAAGUCUGUUAAUGAAAUCCUCAAAGAUUUGCAUUUAGUGCUCAAAUGUAUAGUAGCAAAAGAACCAGAGAGGUUGGGUUCAUCUGUAUUUGACUAUAACGAUGUGUAUAAAAGGCUUGUCCCUUUCUUAUCAAAUCUGAAGAGUGUUUUUUCUGUCAAACCUGGACUAUUCAUCAUUGUAUCAGAUGUCGAAAGAGCUUUUGAUUCUGUAGACCAAGAUAAGCUACUAAGUGUGCUGGAUGAUCUCAAUUUGGAGGAUGAAUAUUUUUUUAACAAAGUUGUUCAAGUUGUGUGCACCAAGAAAUCACUGCAGAUACCACCAAACUGGACAUUAGGAAGUAAAGAGGAUGUCCCUGAUCUUGCCAACGUCAGGUCUUGUCUUCCCAAUCACUCGUUGCGUGGCAUUCUUGUAAAGAAACAGGUGCAAGGCAGAAAAGUAAGAAAAGAACAGCUUCAAAAUGAUUUGAAGGAGCACAUAAAGCGCAAUGUGCUGCAGCUAGGUGUCAAGUUUUUCUUGCAAUCUGUUGGUAUACCUCAAGGAAGUGUUUUGUCCUCUCUGGUCUGCUCCUUGUAUUAUGGGCAUCUUGAGAAUUCAGUAAUAUUUCCAUUUCUUGAGAAAGCUUGUAAACCUGACCCUGAAUUUCCUUCAGAGGAAUGUCCCGUUGAUGAUACAGCUGCAAGAUAUAAUCACCUCGUAACGUGUAAACCUAACUAUCUGUCGCUUAGGUUUAUCGAUGACUUGCUUUUCAUCUCAACCUCAAAGGAACAGGCUUCUAAGUUCUUCUCCCGGUUGCAGAGAGGGUUUCGUGCCUACAACUGUAACAUGAAUAAACAAAAAUUUGGAACGAACUUUCAGACGAAUAUUAUACAAGGUUUGGGAUCAGAUAGAUUAUAUGUGGUUGAAGAUGGAACCUCAUUUCUUCGAUGGAGUGGACUAUUUAUCAACUGCUCGACUUUGGAAAUUCAGGCAGAUUACACGAGGUAUUUGAAUUCCCCGCUAAGUUCAGCCCUCACUGUUGGCUGGAUAAAUAAACCAGGCCGUGACUUAAAGGCUAAGUUGUGCGGUUAUCUGAGACCGAAGUGCCAUCCUAUAUUUUAUGAUUCUAACAUAAAUUCAGCAGUUGUGGUCAGACUUAACAUUUAUCAAGCUUUUCUUCUGUGUUCCAUGAAGUUCCACUGCUACAUCUCUGAUUUAUCAUGCUUGUGUAGAUUCAGCACCGAAUUUUAUGCAGAUGCUUUGGGAAAAUCAUUGAGGUAUAUGAAAAGGCUCAUCAAGAAGAGGAUGUUCUCCUUCAAAACUGGUUCAGAUUUUCGUCCAAUUCUUGAUGUGGAGAAAGGGGAAAUCGAAUGGCUUGGAUUAACUGCUUAUAUUCGAGUGUUGAAGAGAAAACAAUCAAGGUAUAAGGAGUUGUUACAUGUAUUAGAGGCUAAGCUCAAGGCACUUGGUAAGCUAGAAAGUACAUCAGUAUUGCAACAAGCCACAGAUGAUAAACGUUCCUCUAUACUAUGGAAGAUUAAGUAUUGACAACAGAAGGAAACAUACCUGUAUUUUGAUUAAACAUACCUGUAUUUUGAUUGAGUAAUUUUUGCCAUUGUGUCCACAAGGCACUUUAAUUCGAAAAGAAGGCUGUAAAAGUUUUAAAUGCUUCAGUCCAGAGCCUUCUAAAAUGAGCUUGAUAUGAAAACCUAAACCAUGUUUUGUUCCAGGUACAUUUUGCAACCUAUUUAAAGCGAUACUAUUUGGAUCAUAUCCUGCAUAAUGGAUCUUACCGUAAUCACUCAAUAGUUUGGUAUAAUCUAUGUCACAAGUACCAAAAAAAAAAAAAAAACCUGAAAACGAGAGUUCACAUCGGCUAGGCCCCUUUUCUCAUUUCUUUUUGUGUAUUAACAUGAAGCAAAUUGCUUGCCUUUCUUUAUUUCGUUUUGCUAUCCUUUUCUUAUUGUCUUGUUGGAGCAAUUUGCUUCCAACUUUAA